AACUCCAUAAGGGAAGAACAAGAAGACAGGAUCAUAAGCAGAAAGAAUCUUUUUUCCCUGCAGGAUCCAGUUUUAUGGUGGGUUAAUACUACAAGGAUAGUGCGCGACUACGCAUAACCAAAGAAAGAAGAGAUCAUUCCAGCAUUGCAUUAUUAAUGCGGCAUUAUUAAUGAAAGCCGCGUAAAAUCGCAGUCUUUUUAACGUGAAUUUUGACGUGAAUAAUGACGGCUGAGGUCCAGCAGACCCCUGCUCACAGUAGCCCCAUGUCGGAGAAACCGCACGGACAGAUGCCUGUGAUGGAGACCUCCUCUUCCUCCUCCAGCACCAAAACUAAAAAGACGAACGCUGGAAUUCGUCGUCCUGAAAAGCCACCGUACUCUUACAUCGCUCUCAUUGUCAUGGCCAUCCAGAGCUCUCCAACAAAACGACUCACUCUGAGCGAAAUUUAUCAGUUCCUACAGAGUCGCUUCCCGUUUUUCAGAGGCUCGUAUCAAGGCUGGAAAAAUUCGGUGCGUCACAAUUUGUCUCUGAACGAGUGCUUUAUCAAGCUGCCAAAGGGUCUGGGCAGACCCGGUAAGGGCCACUACUGGACCAUCGACCCAGCCAGUGAGUUCAUGUUCGAGGAGGGAUCUUUCCGCAGGAGGCCGCGGGGAUUCAGGCGCAAAUGUCAGGCGCUCAAACCUUCCAUGUACAGCAUGAUGAACGGGCUGGGGUUCAAUCACAUACCCGAGUCCUAUAACUUUCAGGGGGGCGGCGGGGGCCUGUCUUGCCCUCCAAACAGUUUAUCUUUGGAGAGUGGGAUUGGGAUGAUGAAUGGACAUUUGGCCAGCAAUAUGGAAGGAAUGGGCUUGGCAGGACACUCCAUGUCCCAUCUAUCAACGAAUAGUGGACAUUCCUACAUGGACAGUUGCACGGGAUCCUCAGGGGGUGAGUACCCCCAUCAUGACAACUCUGCAUCGCCACUUCUCGCCAGCGGGGGAGUGAUGGAGCCGCAUGCGGUGUAUUCUAGCACGGCCUCGGCCUGGCCUCCAGCGCCCCCAGCCUCUCUAAAUAACGGGGCGUCUUACAUCAAACAGCAGCCGCUCUCUCCGUGUAACCCGGGAGCCAAUCCACUGCAGCCCAGUUUACCCACACACUCUCUGGAACAGUCCUACCUGCACCAGAACGGCCACGGCAACACCGACCUUCAAGGUCUACCGCGCUACCAUUCCCAAUCUCCCAGCAUGUGUGACAGGAAAGAAUUUGUCUUCUCUUUUAACGCCAUGACCUCUUCAUCGAUGCAUUCACCAGGGAGCAGCUCUUACUACCACCAUCAGCAGAUUUCAUAUCAGGACAUCAAACCCUGUGUGAUGUGACAGCAUUAUUACAAAGAAGACUUAAUGCAACGAAGAGAAACAAAGUAAACUGACCAAAAUGAAACAUGGAGUGGUCUAUAAGUGGUUCAUUUGGAAAGAGACAUGGAAUUAAGAAUUGCCCUUUAUUAUAAUCAGAACUUGGCCAUAGAAACGCAUUGUUAGAAAAUUACAAACUCAAAGGAGCACUUGGAAAAAAAACUUAAACUUCAGAUAUCUCCGAAUCAUAAGAUCGAGGACAAAAAAGCCACAGCAUCUGGUUUCCAACAGGUUGGUACUAACUCUGCUGGCGGAUGACUACCAUACUCGGAGAUGCAAAGAUGAGUGAAACGCUCCGAUGUUGAUAUACUGUUUUUAAAGACGAGUUUGUAUCAUUUGGAUAAAUCUUUUCCUACAAUCAUUUUCAUUUUGCUUAAGAACGGUGAAAACCAUAAACACGCGAAAUGAAGGCACUUUUAAACCCAAAUA